AUGCCUUCACGACGGCUACCGGUCCGAAGUGGCCAUAUGUUACUCUUCAUCUCCGCGUUCGGCAUGACGUCACUCUACCGAUGGACUUGGUCGUAUCAUUUCUGGAGCCCACCGCGAGGGGAUUUCAGGCAAGAAUUCGCCGCUUUCGGGUUUCCGAAAACGUCUCCAGUAGUCACCCGCUCGCAAGCGCGUGAGGCUGCUAGCCGCAGCGCCGCUGAGAACCUCGACAGCUCCUCUAGAACGCAAUCGACUCCCUCUCCAACAAUCCCCGGUGACUUCGACCGCAACGAAGAAGACGAGAUAGACCAAGAACUCCAGGACGACUUCGACGAAGAACCAAUCCCUUCGACCGCCGAAGAACACACUUCGUCCCCCGAGCUUCUAGGCCUCACUACUUCCGACUACGACUUUUCGACUCCUGAUCUUUUCGAACGAUCCAGUUCUUCGCCCAAACCCGAGGAUCCCAUCCCAGCUACUUCGAAUCUCAUACUUCCGACUUCGUCUUCUUUUUGCGCCCACGCUCAGCCGCCCAUCGCAUCCUCUUCGCGACUUUCAGUCAUACCUACAUCCGACCUGGCACCUCCGCCACCUUUAGCACCUUUGAAUGCAGCUUCGAACUCCAACCCCGCACCGCCCGCACCUACGAUUCCUUCAACUACUACCGCGUCCUCUUCGAGCCCUGCUCCUACUAACACCACGAACAUGAGUCAGAACACGAACACACCAUUGAUGCCCCCGCGCGGUCAUUCGACGGCACCAAGCUUCGACCCAUCGGAAGUCCGCUCGCUUCGGCGUUACUUCCAGGACCUCGAAGCGUUGUUCACCCGGUGUCAGAUUACCGACGAAGCAGCCAAGAAACAGUGGGCCGUUCGGUAUCCUUCGAUCGACGUCGCCGACUUAUGGGAAACCAUCGAGUCCUUCAUCGACGUAGCCAAGAGCUACAACGACUGGAAAGCCGACGUACGAGCACUCUAUCCUGGCGCCGACGAUACAAGAAAGUGGUCGCUGGCAGACAUGGAUCAGCUCAUCGGAGAACGCGCUCGUAUCGGAAUUCACAACGCGGCAGACCUAGGCUGCUAUUACCGCGAC